AUGCCUAUCCAGUUCAACCAAAUCCCCGGCAACAUCCGGGUCCCCUUCGUUCGCUUCGAAGUGAACGCGGGGCAGGCUCCGUACUCUUCGAUCCAGCGCCUUGUGCUGAUCGGUCAGAAGACCGCUGCGGGCUCCGCCGUCGCCGACGAACCGCUGCUCGUCACCCAGAACGAAGACGCGUUCUUCGGUACCGGCUCGAUGCUGGCGGCGAUGUAUAAGAUCGCCCGCGCGAAUGCUCCGCUUCAGGAGAUUUGGGCGAUCCCGCUGGCAGACGCCACGGGCGGCGCGACCGCCGCGACUGGUAGCGUGACGGUCUCGACCGCCCCGACUUCUUCGGUCAGCAUCGUGCUCUACAUCGGCGGUUACCGCAUCUCCGUGCCGGUCAACGCGCUGAUGACCUCGGCGAACUGUGCCACCGCAAUCGCUGCGGCGAUCAACGCGUGCCCCGGUAUCGUCGUGUCCGCUGCGGUCGACGGCACCACCGCGUCGAAGGUGAACAUCACCGCUCUGAACAAGGGCAGUCUCGGCAACGGCAUUCGCAUCGAGACCAAUCUGAAUGCUGGCGACGGCAACGCCGCUGACAUCACGUCGAUGUCCGGCACCGCUGGCACCGUGCAGACGUUCACGUCGGCGCGCAACUCCUGGCACACGUCGAUCAUGCCGGUCUACAAUGCGCCGCAGCCGACCUAUCUGUGGGCCGCCGCUGUGGGUGCGCAGACCGCGCAGCACUUCCAGGCUCCGCCCGAGCUGUCGCGUCCGCUUCAGACCGUCGAACUCAUCGGCAUCCUCCCGCCGAAGUCCAUCGGCGAUCAGUGGAGCACGUUGCAGCGCCAGAGCUUCUACUUCAGCGGCGCGUCGGGUUAUCGCGUGCAGGACGGUGCGGUCCAGAUCGACCGGCUCAUCACCACCUACCAGCGCAACGCCUGGGGUUCGCCCGACCAGUCGUGGCUCAACGUCAACACCAUCGCUCAGCUCACGUACGGCCUGCGCUACAUCAUGGCCUACAUGACGCAGACGUAUCCGCGUGCGGCGCUGGUCGACAAGAACCCGAACAACCUUCAGGGCUUCGCCACGGCGGACGACCUGAAGAACGCGUUCAUCCAUGCGUACAAGCUGCUCGAAGACGACGGUGUGUUCGAGAACUCGGACCUGUUCGCGCAGUUGCUCAUCGUCGAGCGCAACGCCGACAAUCCGGAUCGCGUGGACACGUUCCUGCCGCUGGAUCACGUCAACCAGUUGCGCGUCCUGGCGGUGAACGCCACGUCGUACCCGCAGUUCCCGACUGCCUAA